AUGUCUCCUAAUCAUCUCUGCAAGACCUCGCAAACCCCCUCAAUUUCACUCUUUCAUGCUAACCCAAGGUCUUCUCUUUUGAACAAGCGAGAGAAGCUUCGACAAGACUUUCGUUGCAUCGAGAAGCAGGAUUAUGAAUUGGAGACAAGCUAUCUUCAGGAAUCGAGCCAUAUAGGAAAUGCCUUGAAGGGUUUCGAAGGCUUCCUUUCUUCCUCCAAAAACACUGCCAGUGCAAAGAGGUCAAGGAAGUUUCAGCCUGAAGACAGAGUCUUCUCUGGUUUGCUGAGGAACUUGGUGUGUGAAGAGAAGAUGUUUGUAACGUUUGACCACAAAUUCACAAACCGGGACAGAAAAUGGAGAGAAGUCGAGGAGCGAGAAGCUUUUACUAGUAUUAAGUUACUUUAA